UUAAAAACAGGCAUAAAAUAUUGGACAAGGAGAGGAGAAACAUCAAAGAAAGCUUCAAACUUCCUCUCCCGUUUCCCAGAAUUGGAAACCCUAGUUAGAUCCCCGAUAAGUUUCCAAAACUUGGAAAUGAUCUCUGUGGGGUAUUAGGUGCUUCGAUUGCACGCUUUAGCGUGGCUGUUGAUGUUUGGGAGUUCCAAAUGUUCGAUCUUCGCUUGUGGGCUGCGUUGGAAUCUUGGAAGUUUCUUCCUUUCUGAUUACGACAUUUAGUCGUGUUGCUGGAGACCCAUGGCAUCUGAACUCAAACAGACUCUGACCAAGACUUAUGGCUCUCUUGAGCUAUGGGAGCUCAUAGUAAUUGCUCUGUUUGCAGUGUUCAUACUAAUUCUUGGCGUUUCACUGUGGCUCAGUUUCCACAAGAAAUCCAAAAGAUCAAACUCCACACCACCUCCAGUGAUCCAGAUCCCCAUCGUCCCAGAAGAGAUCAAAGAAAUAAGGAUCGAUCGCGUUUCAUCAAACAACAAUGGAUUUGAUCAGACCCUUGUAGAAAAAUCCAGCGACAAAGACUCUGAAAACGAAAAUAACUCUGCCUCUUUUAACCGUUUGGAGAAAAGGUCACAACCACCUCCUCUUACCACCCCGUCCCCUUUGUCUGGUCUUCCUGAGGUUUCCCACAUUGGGUGGGGUCACUGGUUUACUCUCCGGGAGCUUCAGCUUGCCACCGACCAUUUCUCCAAGGAGAAUAUUAUCGGUGAUGGUGGAUACGGAGUCGUUUAUCAUGGAAUUCUGGCAAACGGUACUUCAGUGGCUGUCAAAAAGUUGCUCAACAAUCCAGGUCAAGCCGACAAAGAUUUCAGAGUUGAAGUGGAGGCUAUUGGGCACGUCCGACACAAGAACUUAGUUCGACUUCUCGGAUAUUGCAUCGAAGGAACCCAGAGGAUGCUGGUGUACGAGUACGUGAGCAAUGGUAACUUAGAACAGUGGCUUCAUGGAGACAUGCAUCAUAAAGGAAAUCUCACAUGGGAGGCGCGUAUUAAAGUGCUUGUUGGCACUGCAAAGGCGCUGGCUUAUCUUCACGAGGCCAUCGAGCCCAAAGUGGUGCAUAGAGACAUAAAAUCAAGCAACAUACUGAUGGACGAGAGUUUUGACGCCAAGUUAUCUGACUUUGGUCUUGCCAAGUUGCUUGGAGCUGAUAAAAGCUACAUCACUACUCGAGUGAUGGGUACAUUCGGGUAUGUUGCCCCAGAAUAUGCUAACUCUGGCUUUUUGAAUGAGAAGAGCGAUGUGUACAGCUUUGGUGUUGUUCUCUUGGAAGCUAUUACUGGACGAUACCCGGUGGAUUAUGCACGUCCUAAGGAUGAGGUGCACAUGGUGGAGUGGCUGAAGACGAUGGUUCAGCAGAGACGGGUGGAGGAAGUGGUGGACAGAGAGAUUGAGGCCAAACCAUCGGCCGCUGCUCUUAAGAAAGCGCUUCUUACUGCUCUGAGAUGCGUUGAUCCUGAUUCUGACAAGCGGCCCAAAAUGAGUCAUGUUGUCCGCAUGCUCGAGUCUGAUGAAUAUCCUCCCAAAGAGGAACAACGAAGAAGACGAAGAAGAAGCCAAGAAGGAGAGACGCAGACAGAGACUAAUGAAGAAGAAGAUUCAAAGCCAUCUGAGGUCCAUCCAUGAAGUUGUGGAUUCGAUGGAGUCUUCGCUCUUUGGAGUUAGGAGUAUUGUGUUGUAUCUGUUGGUCGAUCCCUCUGUACAGCCUUCUUCCACUUUGUUAUUAUUAUUACACAACACACACACACACGCUGAGGUUCUUCUUAAGGCAGCUUUUUUUUGUUUGUUUGUUAAUGUCUUUACUUUGGAGAUUGGCUCUUAACUAUUUACCACAGAAACUAAUCUUUACAUCA